AAUGAAGACUUGAUCGGGAUUAAAAAUAAAAGGUUUAUAUGGUCAAAUAUCAACCAUGUUGGCCUUGGUUCGCCUCUGCCUUCUGCUUGUGUGCCUUAAGGGCAGCGCAGCUGAAGCAGAGCUGACCCCUCCUCAUGACCUCUUCAUGUUGACCUUAAACACCAACUACACUCUGGCCUGGGACUGGGACCAGAGCGCUGCUGGAUCCGACUCCGCCACCUUCACUGUGCAGUACACCGGGAAUCACCAACUGCAGAAGAGGAACCCAAAGUGGACCACAGUGUGUGCAGAGACCUCUGGGAGGUCAUGUGACCUCACUAGGUCAGGGCUGUACUACCUGGGCUGUUAUACGGUCCGCGUUCAGACCAACCUGAACGGAAGUCACUCAGCGUGGAAAUCGCUACAGUUCUGUCCCAAUAAAGACGCCCUCAUCGGUCCUCCUAGCGUGUCGCUCUUACCCAUCGGUCAAACUCUGGAGGUCAGCAUUAAGGAUCCAGAGUUUAAAAUGUCCUCUCUGAGGAAUGUGUACAGCAGAGUCCGCUACAACAUCACCUACUGGAAGGAAGGACAGGAGGAGCAGGCGAGAACCCACAGCGACGUCCAACAGGACUGGGUCGUUUUAGAUAAUCUGGAUCCCUCGACCAAGUACUGCGUACAGGUCCGAAUCAACCUCACAAACAGGAGCCGCAUUGAGUCCAGCAGCGUCUUGUGUGAGAGGACCGGCGACACCGGUACGCUCUUUGUGUUUGACAGUAAUCAGUGAGGAAGUCCAUACAGACGGAACAGGGACGCAAGU